UCAACCAAUGAAAAAGAAGAAAAACUAAAGAAGGAAACAAAAAAAAAAAAAAAAAAGGAAAAAAAAAGCAAAAAACCUGCCUGGUUGUAAUUGGUACUGUUCCCUGUACAGUUGGCUUCACCAGACACCACUGUGGAUUCUUUGCGCAUUCUUUUCCAUCUCUCUAGGGUUUCAGUCUGUCUCUGCAAUUCCUUCAAUACAGUGUGGUUCUUGGAGCAGUAGUCAUGAAUACCGACAAGGAAGCCUUUCUCAGGGAGUUCGGGAACGAUUACGGAUACCCCAGUGCUCCCUUCAACAUCGACCAAAUCAGAGCCUCUCAAUUCAAGCGGUUGGACGGUCUUGUAUACUUGGACCAUGCUGGAUCAACAUUGUACUCUGAGUCACAGAUGGAAGCAGUCCUUAAUGAUCUAACUACUAGUGUUUAUGGAAAUCCUCAUAGCCAAAGCGACACCAGUUUGGCCACUUGUGACAUUGUAAGAGAAGCCCGCCAACAGGUCCUUGAUCACUGUAAUGCAUCCCCAAAAGAUUACAAAUGCAUAUUCACUUCAGGGGCAACAGCAGCAUUGAAGCUGGUAGGAGAGGCCUUUCCAUGGAGCAGUGAGAGCAAUUUUAUGUACACGAUGGAGAAUCAUAACAGCGUCCUUGGGAUCAGAGAAUAUGCUCUCGAUCGAGGAGCUUCAGCUUUUGCAAUAGAUAUUGAAGAGGCUGGGCAUCAUGGUGGAGUCUCCAGAAACACUUCAUCUUCUAUUAAAGUGUCACCACGCCCUAUACAAAGGAGAAACCAAGCAAGAUUCCCAGGAGAAGCGCCUACAGGUUACGCCCAUAACUUAUUUGCAUUUCCCUCAGAGUGCAAUUUCUCUGGUGUAAGAUUCAGUCUCGACUUGGUGAAGAUUAUCAAGGAAGAUGCUGAGAGAAUUUUGACCGGCCCUCCAUUCUACAAGGGUUGCUGGAUGGUCUUGAUUGAUGCUGCAAAAGGAUGUGCAACAAAACCACCUGAUUUGUCAAAGUAUCCUGCAGAUUUUGUUGUCAUCUCAUUCUAUAAGCUAUUUGGUUAUCCGACAGGACUUGGCGCCCUCAUUGUUCGAAGUGAAGCUGCCAAGUUGUUGAAGAAGACCUAUUUUAGCGGAGGUACGGUGGCAGCCUCCAUUGCUGAUAUUGACUUUGUUAAAAGAAGAAAUGACAUUGAGGAGCUGUUUGAGGAUGGCACCGCAUCAUUCCUAAGUAUAGCAUCUAUUCGACAUGGGUUCAAAUUACUCAACACUAUAACUAUAUCUGCAAUAUCACGGCACACAUCAUUACUUUCCACAUAUGUGAGGAAACAGCUCUUGGCCUUAAGGCAUGACAAUGGAUCUGGUGUCUGCAUGCUUUAUGGGGGAUUCAGUUCAGAGAAGUUGUGCAAUGAAAUGGGGCCUAUAGUAACUUUCAACUUGAAACGACCAGAUGGUUCUUGGUUUGGAUACCGUGAAGUGGAAAAAUUGGCUUCUCUAUCCAGAAUUCAGCUACGGACAGGAUGCUUUUGCAAUCCUGGUGCUUGUGCAAAAUAUCUGGGCUUGUCUCACUCUGAUCUGCUUUCCAAUAUUGAGGCUGGCCAUGUUUGCUGGGACGAUAACGACAUAAUACAUGGGAAACCAACUGGAGCUGUAAGAGUAUCCUUUGGUUAUAUGUCAACAUUUGAAGAUGCCAAGAAAUUCAUUGAUUUCAUAGUGAGUUCCUUUGUAUCAGUGCCAUAUCAAUCUGGGCAAGUACAUCUACCAAGGUCCAUACCCUAUUCAAGUGAAGGCCGCGAAAGAAGACUCUCAACUACAUCUUUUCGUCUUAAGUCUAUUACUAUCUACCCGAUAAAAUCAUGUGCAGGAUUCAGUGUAGAGGGUUGGCCUCUAAGCAAUACUGGCCUUUUACAUGAUCGAGAAUGGAUUCUAAAAAGCCUGACUGGAGAAAUUCUUACACAGAAAAAGGUUCCAGAAAUGCACCUUAUUACUACUUUUAUUGACCUCAGUCAGGGAAUUCUGUUUGUAGAAUCACCACGAUGCAAAAGAAAACUGCGUAUCAACCUUAAAUCAGAUUCGUAUUGUGGUGGGAAAGAGGCAAUGGAUUUGCAGGCCCAAAGGACCGGAGUACAGGGAAGACGAUUGGCAUAGGACAUGAGUCUCAAGGCCUCUAUCACCUCACCUCGCCUUCAACUCCUGCAGUUUGCAUUUCCACUGAUGCUCCCCUCCUCAUCCAGAGUCGCCUGGGCCACCCUAGUCUAUCCAAGUUCCAGAAAAUGGUCCCUAGUUUUUCAUCUUUGUCGUCGCUUGCAUGUGAGUCUUGUCAGCUUGGGAAACAUACUUGUGUCUCGUUCCCAAAGCGUUUGAAUAAUUGGGCAAAGUCUCCUUUUGAACUUGCCCACACUGAUGUUUGGGGUCUUUUUCGGACCGCGUCUACUUUAGGAUUUCAGUAUUUUGUCACUUUCAUUGAUGACUAUUCUCGAUGUACUUGGUUAUUUUUAAUAAAAAAUUUAGCUGAGUUGUUCUCUAUUUUCUAGAAAUUUUAUGCUGAAAUCCAAACUCAGUUCAAUAUUUCUAUUCGUGUGUUGCGCAAUGACAAUGCCAAGGAAUAUUUUUCUGCACCAUUUACUUCAUUUAUGUCCCAACAUGGGAUCAUUCAUCAGUCUUCUUGUGCUCAUACUCCUUAACAAAAUGGGGUUGCUGAACGUAAGAAUCGACAUCUUGUUGAGACAGCUCGUACUCUCCUUCUACAUAGUCAUGUUUCUUUUCGUUUUUGGGGGGACGCUGUUCUUACAGCAUGUUAAUUGAUUAAUCGUAUGCCCUCAUCUGUAUUACACGAUCAGAUUCCUCAUUCCCUUCUUUUCCCUGACCAACCACUUUAUUUCCUUCCUCCUCGUGUUUUUUGUUGUACUUGCUUUGUUCAUAAUCUCACUCCUGGACAGGACAAACUUUCUGCCAGAGCCACAAAAUGCAUCUUCUUAGGAUAUUCCAGACUUCAAAAGGGUUAUUGUUGUUAUCUCUCUAAGACUCAUCGCUACUUUCUCUCCGCUGAUGUCACUUUCUUUGAGGACUCACCGUUCUUCUCUACCUCUGAGUCUCUUCCUAUUUCUGAAGUCUUACCCCUUCCCAUUAUCUCCCCACCUAAUGCAGUGCCUUCUCGCCCACUUCAGGUUUAUCAUCGUGUCGUUGUUCCUCCUUCUUUGGCCGAGGUACUUGCUGACUCACUUCCUAUCCCUUCGGCUUCUUCUGCCCCAGCUCUGCCUCCUUUUGCUGACUUACCCAUUGCUCUUCAGAAAGGUAAUCGAUCUACUCGUAAUCCUCAUCCCAUUUACAAUUUUUUGAAUUACCAUCGAUUAUCUUCACCUUAUUCUGCAUUUGUUUCUGUUUCUCUUCCUAAGAGCACCCCUGAGGCUCUUUCCCAUCCAGGCUGGCGACAGGCAAUGGUAGAUGAAAUGGCUGCUUUACACUCCAAUGGCACUUGGGAUCUUGUUGUUUUACCCUCUGGUAAAUCUACAGUUGGUUGUCGUUGGGUCUACACAGUUAAGGUUGGCCCUGAUGGUCAGGUUGAUCGCCUUAAGGCCCGCUUAGUUGCUAAAGGCUAUACUCAGGUUUAUGGUUCUGAUUAUGGUGACACUUUCUCUCCUGUUGCCAAAAUAGCUUCUGUUCGUUUAUUGCUCUUCAUGGCUGCUAUGCGUUCUUGGCCUCUUUAUCAGUUAAAUAUUAAAAUGCUUUCCUUCAUGGGGAUCUUGCUGAGGAAGUUUAUAUGGAGCAACCACCUGGUUUUGUUGCUCAGGGGGAGUCUGGUUUAGUGUGCAGACUACAUCGUUCUCUAUAUGGCUGAAACAUCUUCUUCGGGAGUUGAGAUUUGGAAAGGAUGAACAGAUGAAACCGAUCUGUGACAACCAAGCCGCUUUGCAUAUUGCAUCCAAUCCAGUCUUCCAUGAAAGGACCAAACACAUUGAAGUUGACUGUCACUUCAUUAGAGAGAAGAUCGCAUCAGGAUGUGUGGCGACUAGUUUUGUCAAUUCAAAUGAUCAACUAGCAUAUAUUUUUACUAAAUCUCUCAGAGGUCCUAGAAUUAAAUACAUUUGUAACAAGCUUGGUGCAUAUGACAUAUAUGCUCCAGCUUGAGGGGGAGUAUUAGAUAGUGUACAGUUAUUUAGGUUAUUUACUUUUCCUUUUCCUUUUCUUUCCUUAUUGUAUUGUGGGUCCCGCUAACAUGUAUAUAUAUACCCAAGUCCAAUGUGUAUUUUUUACAGUUUUUCAAUAACAAUAAUUAGGGAUUCUCCCUUUUCUCUC